CUUUCACUGGCCACUAUGUUAUUAAUUAACUGUUUUAUUUAUGAGAAAAAUGUUAUUAAUUACAUUUUUUUCUUUUGUAAAUUCAAUUUUUCUUUAGGGGAGAAGGUGGAGUGAUGGACUUCACCAAGCAGUUGAAGCAAAGGAAGGGCUACCAAUUCAAAAUGAAACAGUUACACUGGCUUCCAUUAGUUAUCAGAAUUUCUUUCUGCAGUUUCCUAAGCGUUGUGGUAUGACUGGUACAUCAGCAACAAAAAGCACAGAAUUUGAGAGCAUUUACAAGCUUAAAGUUACAAUCGUUCCAACAAAUAAACCUAUGAUAAGAAAGGAUGAAUCUAAUGUAGUUUUUAGGGCAACUAGUGUGAAAUGGCGAGCAGUUGUAGUAGAAAUCUCUAGAAUGCAUAAAACUGGUCAUCCAGUACUUGUUGGCACGACCAGUGUGGAGCAGAGCGAUUCUUUGUCAGAGCAAUUGAAUGAAGCUGGAAUUCCACAUGAGGUUCUUAAUGCAAAACCAGAAAAUGUUGAGAGAGAAGCAGAGAUUGUAGCUCAGAGUGGUCGGCUUAGGGCCGUGACAAUUGCUACCAACAUGGCUGGUCGUGGGACAGAUAUAAUUCUUGGCGGUAGUGCUGAAUUUAUGGCAAGAUUAAAGCUUCGUGAGAUACUGAUGCCUAGUCAAUUCAGCGAUAUCUAUUAGGAGGAGCAUUUUAUUAACUACUUGACUCCUGAUAUUCGGAUAGUGCGUGAACUUCCCAAGGAACUGCAGUUUUUGGACUUGGAGGCAAUUGGUAGUGUUGUGACAGAUGUUGACAUGGUAAAGGAGGCAAAGCCUAGCUUUUACUUGAAAAACAUCCUACCUAUUAUACUUAAAAAUCAAGUUGUUCACUUUGUUGGAUUUGGGAAUCGCCUUGCAUUUGACCCAAUACCAUUUGAACUUCAGGUAAUAUUUAUUUACACGGACAUGAACAAUGAAAAUGUUGGAAUAAUCUGAAGCAAAUUUGUUGAGCAUCUCUAGGAAAACUCCCAAUGUAAUAGAACUAACAAUAUUUCUUAGUUUGAUACUUUGUAUAGGAGUUAUUAUUUUUUA